CUUCCAGUCCGGACACUUUCCCCUCCUUCCAGUCCGGACACUUUCCCCCCCUUCCAGUCCGGACACUUUCCCCUCCUUCCAGUCCGGACACUUUCCCCCCCUUCCAGUCCGGACACUUUCCCCCCCUUCCAGUCCGGACACUUUCCCCCCCUUCCAGUCCGGACACUUUCCCCCUCUUCCAGUCCGGACACUUUCCCCCCCUUUCAGUCGGACACUUUCCCCCCCUUCCAGUCCGGACACUUUCCCCCCCUUCCAGUCCGGACACUUUCCCCCCCUUCCAGUCCGGACACUUUCCCUCCCUUCCAGUCCGGACACUUUCCCCCUCUUCCAGUCCGGACACUU